GUCGUAGUGGGUGGCGAACAGCGUGCAUCAGUGAUGUCAACAACAUCGGUCAGUGGGUCAGCCCGUUAGUAAAAAAUAUUUCUACUUCUUUACGUCUGUAACAUUGGCAGACACAUAUAAUCUGUAAUUUGCUCCUUUCAUCAUCCAUUUGGAGCCAUGAGGUCCAGAAAGAUAAGUAAAAGCAGGAGGUGUUAGCUAGCGUUAGCAUGCUAGCAACGACAAGAAAAUGAGAGAGAUUGAAAUAUUUCUUCAACUGUAUAGACGGAGCCCACUGGAGCAGGUUCAAUUACAUAUGUUAACGUAGAGAACAAGAUAAACUAUGAUUACCACGGAGAUCGCGAGAGACUUCCAGGCCAAAGAGCGCAAGUACAAGGAGCAGCUGAAAAGAUGUCUAUCAUCUGCUUUGUCUGCAGAUCUUAACAGGCUGCUGCAGGAGGAGCUGGAGGCUGAUGUGUGUCUGUGUGCAGCCUCUGGAUCACUGCAAGCACACAGAGCUGUACUUUUGGCCAGAGCCCCUCAUCUCCUACAGGGACAGUCGCACAAAGACCCCACCACCGUCCAUAUACCCAGUUAUGAACUCACUGGCCUGAAAGAAUUCAUCAGGCGAGUGUACACGGCUGAGCAGAGCAUGCGCAGUGGUAAAAUAAUCCCAGACACGGAGGGUUCAGCACCCCAAAGCACAAUGUCUGUUCCUGACCCUGCAGACCUUCAUAACUCCACUGACUCAGGUGCUGUUGUUCUUGAGGCAGCAUCAGGCCUCGGAGCUGACUUGCUGGAUCUGUACCAGAGGGCCGAGCAGUGCGACAUCACCAUCCAAGUGUCAGAGCAGGUCUUCUCCUGCCACAGGGCAAUCCUGUGUGCACGCUCUCAGUACUUCCGAGCCAUGCUGAGUGGAAGCUGGAUGGAGAGCUCCAGACAGUGCAUCACUCUGCAAGGAUUAGGGCCAGAGGAGAUGGAGAUCCUGCUCCAGUUCAUGUACGGGGCCAUUGUGGAUCUGCCCUCUGGAGCCAGUGCCAGUCAGGUGGUGUUGGCAGCGGACAUGUUGGGUUUGGAGGGGCUCAAAGAUGUGGUGGAGAUGGUGCUGACCAGAGACUACUGCCGCUUCUUCCCUAAGCCCAUGGAUGGGGUUCAGAGGACGAUUCUCGAGUGCCUGUCGCUCACACACGCCUUAGGCCUUCAAAGCCUCCACAUACUGUGUAAGAGGUGGAUUGCAGAACAUUUUGUGAAGACAUGGUCUGAGAGAAACUUCUCCCUGUUGUCCACUGAGCUCCACAGAGCCUGUUUCACUGCCGUAGCUGAAACCAUGACUGUGCAGAAUGCAGUGACCAUGCUCUGUGGCACUGAGCAGCUGAUCAGCAGUUUACCAGAAGUGAAGUGGGCUCAGCAGGUGCGGACCCUGGCCACCGAGCUGCAGGAGGAGAGCCUGCAUGUCAUUGUCCAACAUCUACCAAAAGUCAUCCACACUCAGGGCUUUCAGGACCUACGUAGGAGAGAAGAGUUUACACGAGAGCCCACCUUGUUGAGGAAGCUGUGCUCUGCCAUCAGAGAAGGUGUGACUGUGGACAACAGUUGUGAGCUUUUCACUGCUGUGGACCAGCUGUGUGGGGACGGCGUAGAGGACGAGUCUAUCCUGGGACAAAAACAAGAGGAGUCAUUCAGGCAAGAGAUUUACAGCCUACGCGGUCGGCUGUGGACCUUCCUGCUUCAGACCUUUUACGCCGUCCGCCACACGCAGGGAUGGGAGACUUUGUCAUCCAAACACAGAGACAGGAUACUGGCAGAUGCUAUUGAUAAAGGGGACAACAGAAGACUCGGUAAAAAGCCGGUUUUCUCCAGCUCCCAGCCAAGGGCUGUAAAAUGCCCUUCAACCAAUCCUGAAAGUUCUCCUGUGCACAGGACCCAGAGGGUGUCCAACAACAUAAAUUAUUCCUCCCGUAGUGCUGCAUCAGCCAUGAAGUCUGAUGGACUGGGGACAGCUAACAAGCCAAGUGAUGGUCACGCAUCCAAAGCAAAGAAUGUAAAGAAGCCAGGAGACAGGAGUGUUACACCAAAAACAAAGACAGCAUCCAGUGCUACACCGGUUGUCAACGGCACAGGAGCUACAGGGGCCAGGCGAGAUGUAGCCAGCGCAAAUGGUCCCAGAAGCUCCUCUGGGGUUAAAGAGCAAGACAAGAAGCCAAACCCAGGUGCAAGGCCGAAAACAUCACCUCCAAGCUGCACAUCUACCAGCCAGACAUCAGUAACAAAGGCUCAGAAGAGCUCAGUGCUAAAGUCUGACAGUGCCACGGGAACUGUACCAGCUCAGGCCACUGCUUCAUCCACAUCAGGCAGUGCCUCGCCAGAAAAUGCCGGCAGCCCUCGUAACGAUGCCCACUCCAUCCCAGGUGCAAAGCCAAGACAGCAGGCCAAGACCGUCAACAAAUCCCCACUGACAAAAGCUUCUCAGAAAGCAGAUUCAGCAAAGACCAGCAGCAGUCCUACGAACAAGCCAAGUGUGAGAGAAAGUAGCAAAGUCAAGCCUGGUGGAGCAGAGAAAGCAUCAGCUGGAGGGACGGCAACAAGAGCAGACACCAAAGGAAGAGCCACACCAGACAACCAUGUCCCUAGGCAUGGAUCCUCUGGGAAAAAGCCUGCCUCACCCAGGAAAGAAGAUGGCAAGGAGGGACUGAAAUCCUCAGCAGCAGACAAAACAGCCAGUGAAGCUCCAAAGAAGAAGAUUACAAAACCAAUUCCAGUAUCUGGAUCCUCAACUAAACCUAGUACUAAACCAGCAAAAACAUCCUCAGUCCCCUCCAAGCAACCAUCAGUAGCAGCUGUCAAGACAGGACCAAAGCCGAAAAGUACCACUGAAUUACCGACAGAAAAAGUAUCACCAAAAUCUGAAGGAACCUCCAAAACCUCACCGGCUGUUGCCUCCAAGAAAUCAGGAACUAAAAGCAAAGAGGCAGUGAAUGGUAAAAGCCAAGACUCUAAAUCUGAACCUACUCAUACGGGAAGGACAGGUGAUACUGUAGAGCAAAAACAAAGUACAGAGUUAACACCUUCUGAGCAACACAGCACAACACAACCAUCAAGCCAAGGCGAAGGAGAUUCACUAAGUCUCCCACUAGAACCAGCGCCUAAGCAGAAUCUUGAGGUCUCAGAGACUCCAUCAGGAAACAAGACCAGUGUGACACCAGCAGUGAAAACCGCCCCACAAGUCAAAUCGGCCAUUGUCGACACUUGCAAACAGUCUGUUGGCAGUAAAUGCCAGUCCCAGAGCGGCAUGAUCUCUGGUCACAUCAGUGGAGGACAAGUUCAGGAGGUCAGCACCCUGAAUUCUCCAAAAGAAACUGAGCAUCCCAUUGACACACCCUGCAGCAUGGGAAGCACCGGCACCCCAUUAGAAGAUUCCUGGAGCAUCCACCAUCAGGUCACCCCAGAGUCCGAGACCGGCAGCACCCACACCACCUCCUCAGACGACAUCAAACCACGCUCUGAGGACUACGAUGCAGGAGGUUCACAAGACGACGACUGCUCCAACGACCGAGGGGUGUCCAAGUGUGGCACCAUGCGCUGUCAUGACUUCUUAGGUCGUAGCAGCAGCGACACAAGUACCCCAGAAGAGCUGAAGAUGUACGAAGGCGGUGCUGGGCUAAGAGUAGAGGUACGACUGCGUGGGCGAGAACCAGAGACUACUAGUGAGGAGGAAGGAGUACGACAACGUCCUCGGUCCUGGCUGCAUCGAGAUGAAGUCCCUGUAGAAGAAGAGCACUCAGAAGUGGAAGCCACCGUUACAGUAAAGAGUGUCCCUGACCACCAGCUUUUCUCAUCUGAGGAGGAAGAAGAUGAUGACGAUGAAGAGGAAACAGAGGACGAAAGGUCAGAAGUUGAAGUGAUUCCGGCGCAGGGGACACUGCCACCAACUGAUCCCUCACCACACUUUCAGGGGAUCGUCAACCUGGCUUUUGAUGAUGACGUUGUAGACCAGGAAAACGAUCAGCCUGACUACCAGUCGACGUCGAACUUCCGUCGGUCUGUGUUACUUUCUGUCGACGAAUGUGAGGAACUGGGAUCAGAGGAGGGCGGCAUCCAAACUCCACCUCAACAAGCUGAUGGUGCAGCAACUCCCUGUGAUGUUUUUGAGCCUGACUGUACAACUCCUCAGUUGAACUGCACCCCUUCCAGUGAGCAACAGAACCACGUGGCAGAUCCUCUUGAAAAUUCAGGUGCAGGACAUAAAAAUGAGGAUCAAGACAAAAAAUCGUCCAUAUUUCUUACCGAGAUCCAGGAGCCCGUACAAGAGGAGCAGAGCAAUCAAAUCCAGGUAGACCGAGCAAAGUCCCACUGCCCUCCCCAGGAAGCUGAAACCAGAGACCUCCCUCCACAGGAGCGUCCGUGCCAUCUCGAUCUCUGGCAAACUGAACAGUACAGCAACGGAGCUCCACGCAAAAACCCCUCUGAAAGCAAGAAAGCUGAUUUGCAUCUAGACUUAAAUGAACCUCAGCUGACAAGGGAAUCUCCCUUACAAGCUGCACAAUCUCCAGCAGGGGACAUUGGUUGUGACAGAUUGGAUCAAAGCUGCAAACAUGACCGCCGACCAUCCAAAGCCCUCUCUCCUAUUUACGAGAUGGAUGUGGGAGAAACCUUUGAGCACUGCUCGGACAAGGACAAGAAUAUAGAACAGCAGGCCGAGGAGGAAAGACAGAAAGAGGAAAAUGACAAAAGCAGUGAGUUUGCAGAGCGGGACUGGAGCCUGCUCAGGCAGCUCCUUUCAGAUCAAGAGUCCAAUCUGGGUGUUAUAAACCCUGUGCCUGAAGAGCUCAAUCUGGCCCAGUACCUUAUUAAGCAAACACUGUCCUUGUCGCGUGACUGCUUGGAUUCACAGGCCUUCCUGUCCCCAGAGAAAGAGUCCUUCAAACGCUGGGCAGAGCUCAUCUCACCCAUGGAGGACUCCUCCACCAGCAUCACUGUGACCAGUUUCUCCCCUGAAGAUGCUGCAUCACCACAGGGAGAGUGGACCAUCGUGGAACUGGAAACACAUCACUAAUAGCAGAGAGGAGACCUGCCGGACAGUUGACACCUUCUCUACAAACUUUAACCAUCUUCAACAUCUACUCUGUCUUAAUUUAUUAUAAUUUAUAUGAUUAUCACAGCUCUCUGUCAAAUGUUGUUUUUCUGGACUCUGCAGUAGCUUAUUUGCAUCACUCAUUUUGCCCUCAGUGGACUGUUUCUUGACACAAAUGGGCUGUUAUGCAUGCAAAUAUUUUUGUAUGUUUGACUGUUUAAUUGAUGUUGCUUCAAAGCUGUAGAAAAAAUAAGGGAAAAUUCUUUCUCAUGGCAGUCUUCUGAUAAUACGGUUGACUGGAAUUUAUAAAAAGGAAAAAUAAUAUUGGCCUACUGGCUUGCAUUUAGUGUAAUAUUGGAAAUAAAGGUUUGUGUUUCAGAAGAAACUAAAGCUGGUUGUGACUGUCCUGUCA